CUGAAACUAAGAAAACCAGCAACCUCCUGGGGAAGAAAGAUCCAGAAGGAAUAAUAUGAAAGCACCUCACUCCCUCUCCUGUCUCCUUCUUCUGACUCUGGGUGCCUGCUUUCCUCCAAGUGACAGAAGAGAAAUCGGAGAUCCAGCGGAUAGCAUUGGCAGGGUUCAGAUGAGCAGGUCGGAGACAGACGGAGGUCACCAGCCUGGCUUCCUGGAGGGAGCGCCUAGGUGGAAGAGAUUCCAAGAUCCAGCCUCCCUGUUCAUCAUGGCUAAGAAACUACGGGGACUUGGGAAAGAGCGAGCUGGUUUCAGAUUCAGGUUUGGGAGGCGAGACGUGGACAACAAAGCUAACAACAUCUACCUAGCAAGUGAAGAAAAGCACAAUGGGCUACUGGGGAGCCUGGCUGAGGAACUCAGCAGUUACAACAGAAAGAAGGGGGGUUUCAGCUUCCGCUUUGGCCGGAGAUGA